CGAGACAGACACCUCGCAGUCAAAGAGCAGUAAAUGGAGUCAAACGGACACGGCACGAAACUAUUAAUAACGGGGAAAGUACUAGCUAGCUAGGUUAAUAGUGAUGUGGAGUUUUAGUCGGUGAGGCGUGUUUAUAGUGUAGUAGGGGGUUUAGCUGUAUGUAGGGAGCUGGGUUAGCUAGCUUUAGCUAACUAGCUGGGGUUGUUUCGGUAUCGGCUCGGCUCGUCCUCGUUCAGGCCUUUCUAACCUCAGCUAACCGCUCUUCAGAUGGUUCAGACUGUUUAUUUAAAUAACCGACAGCUCGUUUCUACGCUUGGAAACUUUUGAACACUUAAGAAGACAUGGCGGACGAGAGUGCCGUUAUUGUUCAGCAGAUGUUGGACAGGAGUUGCUGGGUGUGUUUUGCUACAGAUGAGGACGACCGUACAGCUGAGUGGGUUCGACCGUGCCGGUGCCGUGGCUCCACAAAGUGGGUGCACCAAGCCUGCCUUCAGAGAUGGGUGGACGAGAAGCAGCGUGGCAACAGCACGGCUCGUGUGGCGUGUCCUCAGUGCAAUGCAGAGUACCUCAUCGUCUUUCCCAAGCUCGGGCCGGUGGUGUAUGUUCUAGACCUGGCAGAUAGACUCAUCUCCAAGGCUUGUCCAUUUGCUGCUGCUGGAAUCAUGGUGGGCUCCAUUUAUUGGACCGCUGUCACAUAUGGAGCUGUCACUGUCAUGCAGGUGGUGGGCCAUAAGGAAGGUUUGGAUGUGAUGGAGAGGGCUGACCCCCUGUUUCUGCUCAUCGGCCUGCCCACAAUCCCUGUCAUGCUGAUUCUGGGCAAGAUGAUUCGCUGGGAGGACUAUGUGCUCCGCCUCUGGAGGAAGUAUUCCAACAAGCUGCAGAUCCUAAACAGCAUUUUCCCAGGAAUUGGUUGUCCAGUGCCCAGAAUCCCUGCAGAGGCGAGUCCCCUGGCUGACCAUGUGUCAGCUACUCGCAUCCUGUGUGGAGCCCUGGUGUUCCCCACCAUCGCCACUAUCGUGGGAAAGCUGAUGUUCAGCAGUGUCAACUCCAACCUGCAAAGGACCAUCCUGGGUGGAAUUGCGUUUGUGGCCAUUAAGGGGGCGUUUAAGGUGUACUUCAAGCAGCAGCAGUACCUCCGGCAGGCCCACCGCAAGAUCCUCAACUUCCCAGAGCAGGAGGAGGCCUGAGAGGGGCGGAGAGAGUGAGCACGCGCCCCUCUUACAGACUGGGACAUCACCAAUACCUCCAUGCCACCUGCACCAUCUCCUUUGUGUGCUUGUGUGCUGCAGAGUCAAACCCGCUCGCUGCUGCUGGGAUCAGUUCUAUCCUGGUGACCAUGAUUUGGAUUUUAUAGCGUACGUAUUUGAAGCUGGAGGAGUGAAUGGGCUGAAUAGAGAGUCAGAUGCUGCACCACACUUCGAGUGCAUUUUGUGGUUCACAGAGGCUGUUCAUUGUUUUCUCCUUAACCCUAAGAAUGUGAUUUCCUCACCAUAUUUUUGGUGAAGAUUCAGAGAUCCAGGCUCGUUCUCUCCAGUUAUCCAGUAAUCAGAGCUGGCAGAGGCCUUUUCUGUUCUGUAUUUUAUGUUGUGGUAGUAUUUUAAUUGAAUGAGUUACGUGUAAUUAAGAGUUUUAUGUGAAUAAAUGAUUUUUAUGUUACUUUGAAGGAGAACGAUGGAUUAAAAAUAUCUUUAAGGAUUUAUAAGGUUAUAAGGAGCAGUUGUGUCAGUGACUGAUCUUGUAAUGAUGCCUGGGUUAAACUAAGGAGUCAGUGCUUAUUGCUGUAAGACAUUUAGAACACGAGGCUCUUAAUAUUUUUUCAUUCAUAAAAUUCAUCUCGCUUAAUUUUGGACUGGAUUUAGACUUGUCUGAGAGAUUUGCAAUAACCAUAAAACCAUAAAAUACAAUUUGAAACUAAAUUUCGUCAUUUAUUCAGUGUGAACUAUUAAUUGGGACUGUGUAUUGGCAAAAACUGGCAAUGCGAUACAUAUCAGGAUACAGGGGUUACUUUUCAAUAUAUCAAUAUAUUCAAUAUAUUGUGAAACUGUAUGACAGUACCACUGAACCACUGACACCAAUCUUUACAGCUUAAAAAAUAUAAAAAAUGAAUACUGUGUUACCAAUUGAAACUGACAAAUGAUUGCAAUUCAAUAUAUAAAUAUAUAUCUAAUACAUAUAUAGUAGGGAUGUAUAUAAAAAAUACCUUUUUAUAUACAUCCCUACUAUUAAUCUGUCUAGAAGAUCUGUCUUAGUGGAGAGCUGGGACACAAACGUAUACAUUUAAUAAAAAGUAAUAAUAUAACUAAUACAAAAUAUUUCUCCAGAUUUUUUAGUCUUUUCUUGAUAUAUAACAAUCAAUGCUGUAUUAUCUAUCCUAUUGGUUAAUGAUACCAAAUGCAAUUAGUAAUAAUUAAUAACAUUUCAUAAUACUUAAGCAAAAGCUUAAAAGCUAGUUUAGUCCAGUAAAGUAGUCAGCAUUUAUAGAAAAUAAAAAAAUACCCCCACAAAGAAAAAAACACUUAUUAAAAUAAUGCUAAUUAAUGCUAAUAUAAAGAGAGUCAGAAUGCUUUGUGUUAUUUAGUUAUUAAUAUAACAGCUUAAGGCUAGUAAUAGCAUGGUCCCUGAGACUGACUCAGCGCUGCAUCCAGAGAUUGCUCUAUCGUUGCAUCACUGUGUAAGAAACAGCUAUGAAAUUAUAUUUAUAUAUAUAUAUAUUAUUUAUAUUAUAUAUAUAUAUAUAGUUGGAUGGACUGUAACUGGGUCUAAAGUUCUAGCACUGACCCAAUCACACAGUUAUGAUGAUUAUUAUUUUAUAUCUGCACCCUGCAGCACACUUAGUGAUGCUCUCCGUACUGAACUGGCAGCAUUCAGAAUCUCUCUCUCUCUCUCUGAGAUUCUCCUGAGAUGCUUCUUUUCUUUUAAUACGAUGAAGCUGCGUCUCUGCUGGACGUUUAGAGAACAGGCAUCUCUUCUUCACCACAGGAAUGUGUAAUAUAUGGCACAAAACGACGAGCUCAUGUGGCUUACAGUGGGACACGUGGUCUAAGUGGAUUAUUAUUAUUAUUACGCUGAAAGCUGUGAAAGCACUGCGACAAUGGUGAUCAUGCCAAACGUGCCGACGGAUGAGAGUGGAUGGAUUCGAGUGAUGAUUUAGUGCUGGACUAAAAUCUUUUCAUGUGAUCACUACUUACUAACCUAUAAGUGCAUCUGUGACGUGACUGCCACUUUGUACACGAUCAUCAUCUGAUCAUACCAGAGGAAUGCAAGAAAUAUAACUCAGUGUAUUACAUGUUAGAUUUGUUUUGUUUUUUUGUAAUAAAACAAAAUAGCAUGCCAAUAAACACCACUGCAAUAUGUGAUGGAAAAUAAGCCUGCUGUAAACCACAGUGGGGGGGACAAGUUACAUCAGCACUUAAUGCUGAUUUGCUGACUUUUUUUUUUUGUAUGUUACCAUUAGAGCACUAAUCCUAAUCUCUCUUAAUAGAACUAAUCCCCCAAAGAAUGCUGUAAUGUAUGUGUAUUAUUUCUUUCACUCACUUGAAAAGGGUCUAAUAAUCACCAGCCGCCCUUCACCUAACUCAUUAAUGCCAUAACCACCCAUUAGUUUACUAUUUAUUCCUGUGUGUAUGCGUGUGUGUGUGUGUGUGUGUGAGAGCGUGCGUGUGUGAGAUUAUUAUAGGAAAACUCACGUAUUUGAUCAAUGCAGAGAUAAACUGUAAUGCCAAACACAGAAGAUCGAUGUUGUAUAAAUGUAUGCAUUGUAUAUACAGAUGUCUGAAUUUACAGUUAUGGUUGAUUUGUGAAUAAAUGUAUUUUUUCAAUGCUU